UUCAUUUAAAAAUAUUUGAUGUUACAGGACCUGUGCCAUGCCUGUACAACAUAGCAUAAUAAUUUUGUUAAUACUUAGGGUUUAAAACUCACAAGCAUGAAUACUGACCCCUCCCCUCCAUUGGACAGUAAACCGAGAGUCCUCUCCACAAUCCUAUGAGUUGGUCAACUCAGUCUGGUAGUGCUUUGACCCUUCUUCCUCCUGCCUCAGGUUUUUCCCGCCCAUUACCCUGACAACCAAUCACUGAACUAGGCUUCAGACCUGAGACCAAUCAGCGAUCUCUGCUACAGCCCCUUCACGCACGUCCGAGUCUGCCAGGCGGCGCCAUGUUUCAAGGACAGCGGGGUUGGUUCUGCCGCAGCGUCAGCCAGGACCUGAGGCAAUUCUGGGUGGCCGAAGGGGGGACGAUCAGUGACGUGAGGGCUGCUGACUUCUUGUUCAGCUGUGAUGCUUCCCACCCAGACACGCUGAGAAUAUAUCAGAGCCUCGAUUACACAGAUGAUAAUGCUACAGUUUUUCAUGCCUACUAUCUCUCUGCAGUAGCUAAAGCUGAAGCUAAAAAUUCGGUGGCUUUAGGUCAUUUCCUGCUUCCUCCUGCAUGCCUACAAGAAGAAAUAAGAAGAAAAAUUGGUAGCUUUAUUUGGGAACAAGACCAACAUUUUCUGACAGAAAAGCAUGAUGAAGUAACAACAAAUGAAAUAAAUGCCCAUAAGGAAAGCAGUGAACUAGCCACAGAUCACAAAAGGGAAUUAUCCAAAAGCACAAGAAAGGAUUUUAUAAGGACUCCAAUUGCAGAAAAGCAGAUGUACUUCCCUCUUCAGAAUUAUCCAGUGAACAACAUGGUAACAGACUAUAUAUCUAUUGAUGCCAUGAAGAAAUUCCUUGGGGAGCUACAUGACUUUAUUCCUGGAAGUUCAGGAUAUUUGGCAUACCAUGUUCAAAAUGAAAUUAAUUUGUCUUCUAUAAAAAAUAAGUUGAAGAGGAAAUGUUAAGUUAAAUUAUCCUUAUGUCUGGGCAUUUAUUUUUUAUAAAAUAUUAUCAAAGAUGGGCAUAAUUUUAAAUUCUCCCAUUGGGACACAGUUGUGGGAAAAUGGGGAUGAUUUCUUGUUCUUCUUAAAAAAUAUGUCUUUAGGAAAUUCAGAAUCAUUUUGUCUCUGUAUUUUGAUAUUUGGGCUGGGCUUUUUCCCCAGCUUGUAACACAUGCCCACAAAUUCUGAGUGUGCAGUUGUUACUGAGUAAUUGUCAUUGAAACAUGUGAUAAGAAGUCUCAGUCUCUCUCUGUCUCUCUCUCUCUCAUCCUCUUUUGGCUUUAACAUUCUAUUAUAUAUAUUUUUCUAGGUUCAGUGAUGUAAAUAUAAAAUGUAUGAUAAUGUAUGAUUCUGGUUAUCUUAUUUUGAUUAAAAGUUAGAAUGCUAUAGUUGAAUUCUGAAUUACUGUUUCUCACUUGAAAAUAUGAAGUAAAACAUUUUAAUAACUCAGACUUCAUGUGUGGACAAUUUCUGAUAAUGUAGCAGAAGUGAUUUGUUGGGAACCACCCUGCCUGGUUUCAGAAGCUGUAAUCCCUCAUGGCUAGGGAUGAGUAAAGGACCUUGGAACCAUAAGCCACUAAGGAGACAAAGUUUAUCUCCCUGACAGAGGUCUGCCUCUGCCCCCUUUUACUUUACCCUGUUUGGCCCCAGAUAGAUGACUGGUUAGCCAAUGAUGGGUAAGAUUCCUCAAGGGAGGGACAACCUAAGACAGGAAUGGUCAUGAAGGGGCCCUUAGGGAAGGACUUGGGGGGCUAUAGA